AGUUGCGUUUUGACUGAUACAUUAUAACGAUGGCGGGCUUAAAAAGCAUUAUCGGUCUUGCUUUUGUUCUUGCUAUAGGAUUCCUUUUUGUUAUUCUGUCAUGUGCACUUUAUAAUAAUUGGUGGCCUUUGCUUGUUGUGGCUACUUAUGUACUUGCACCACUUCCCAACGAGAUAUUUGGAAGGUGCUCAGAAGAGCAUGGUUCAGAACUGUGGAAUGACGAUGAUAACAGCUCUAGCUUUACAGACGCUGGCCGCUUCAUUACCGGAAUACUGAUUGUUACUGGAUUUUGUCUUCCGUUCGUUCUGGCUCACGCCGAAGUGAUUACUGUACCUGCUAUGAUUAUGAGUAUUAUUGGAGGCGUGCUGGUAUAUGGCACAAUUAUUGCAUACACACAUUUUUUUAGUAGGGAGCAGGAUAUUUCCGUUUAAUGAAGCUGCAUUUAUUACUGGCGAUUGUAUAGCAAGACUAUCUUGAUUUUUGGAUAGGGCGAUUCUUUAUCUUUUUAACGUCAAUACUAAGAUGUACCUUAUGUUUCUGUUUUUAGUUUUCUUUAAACGCAUAAAUAAAUACAUAAACAUAUAUAUAUAUAAUAUAGUUU